AUGCUGACGCAAAGCUGAGCGCAGAGGGCGCUAGAAGCGCGAUGGCCGCUGUCAUUUUGUAAUUGCUUUGUUUACAUCAGUUUGCAAAUCGAUUUUUUGCUGUUUUUUGUGGUUAAAACCUAUCGAUCAACGCAAUACUUGAUAUGUAUUCUACCUGGAAGCUCAAAGAAUUGAAAGACGAAUUAAAAAAACGAGGAGGGAGGAUAACUGGAAAGAAAUCGGAACUUGUAGAAAGGUUAGAAGCCUACGAUCGAAAUUUUAAUUUUGGUCACCAAACCCUGCAAGCUUCUCAAAGCCAAGCAAUUGACGUACCUGCUGUAGAACUUUACAAAGACGUUAAUAGCUCCACCAUAUUGCCGAAGAUUACCAAACAUCAUAUUCAAAGUUACUUUGAUAGAUUCAAUAAAAAUAUCUGCGAUGCUGUUAAAUUGUAUGAAUCGAGAUACCUUCUUGUUUUACGAUCAGCAACAUCUGGCCAAGAUACUUACCUAAAAGGUUAUUGCAAGGCAUCCAUGAAACAACUUCAAUACGAGAUUAACAUCAAAUUAAAUAACGAUGGAAUGCCUGAAGAGGCAAACUGUGAAUGUGCAGCAGGUGAAGGCAAUGAAGCCCACUGUAAACACAUUGCUGUGGUGCUUCUUGCAGCAGAAAACAUUGUCCAGCAAAAAAUAAUAAUACUUCAUGAAGUUUCUACGUCACAACUACAGACAUUCCAUAAGCCAUCAAGGAAAUAUUAUGCUACUCCAUUACGAGCUUCCAGAUUCCCAUCAAAAAGGGAUAUAAAUAAUACUGUCUUCUCGCCAUACUUGAAGCAAAACCCUGAUUUUGACAAGAAGGCAUUUCAAUGCAGAUUCCAGUCCAUGAUUCUAAAUUAUCCACAGUCAUCAAUGCCUAUAAAACAGAUAUAUCCUGUAGCCAGCCAACGAAGCAUAUGUUUGGACCAUGAGUACUUGGAAAAAAGUGCUAUAGAUUGUUUUUUAGAAUCUAUGGUAUUGCAAAAUGUAUCAGAACAAAAGAUUCUGGAAAUAGAAAGGGAGACUCGAGGACAAAGCAAUAACCCAAAAUGGCAUAGUUACAGAAAAACCCAUAUAACAGCCAGCAUUUUUCAUACUGUGUGCCAUUUAAAAACUGAAAGUUUAUUGAAAUAUUCCAGUCAAAUCUUACAUAAAACUACAAUAAAAACCAAAGCAAUGGCACAUGGUAAUAUAAAUGAAAAAAUUGCAAUGAAAAAAUAUAUGGACACUUUUAAUCUUGAAAUUACAGAAUGUGGGUUAUUUUUGAGUAAGGAACGUCCUUACCUAGGAGCAUCCCCUGAUGGCUUACUGGGAUCAGAAACAAUAAUAGAAGUAAAAUGUCCAUAUAGUUCGCGGAACAAAGAAGUUUGUCCACUAAAUGUGCCAUAUCUACAAUAUGAAAAUGGGAAACUCUCUUUGAAAAAGAACAACAUAUAUUACUAUCAAAUACAAGGGCAAUUGUAUGUCACAAAAAGGAAAUUUUGCAACUUAUUGGUUUAUACCUUCAAAAGUUUAGAAGUCAUAUUCAUUGAUUAUGAUGAAGAAUUCAUUAAGUACAUGUUAGAAAAACUUGAUUAUUUUUAUCACAACUUCUUUAAAGCUGCUGUGAUUAAAAAACUCCUAUAUAAAGAAUAAUAAUGUCUAAUAAAAAAUUUAUAUAAGAUUAAACAGCUUUUAUUUCAUAAUAUUUUCUCUAAAAUUACAUACAAAAGCACAAAUGAAUAAAAUUCUUGAUGAUAAGGCUACGUGGUAUGGGCUUAAUUCACUUUUUAAAAUCUUGUAAGUUUUGGCUAGCCCAAUAAUACGUUCUAUGUGCACUCGUUUGCUUGCUAGUUUUCGAUCCUGGACUAUUCUAAUACCAGGUAUUUGUGUCUUUCCUUUCAAAUAUGUUGGAAUAUUAAUAGUAA